CUUUGAAAUGGAAUUAUUUAUAUAUACGGUUGGAGUUUUAUCGUUUAUUUGGAUCAUAUAUCUUUGGUAUAUAAGAGAAUUUAUAAAAUUAGCUCAUACAGUAAACUCGAAUAGAUUACAUACAUGGCGUGGCUUUGGCAAAUUUGUAACGAGAAAAGAGGGUCUUCAAUACUUUUAUAAUUAUUCCAAUAAGUAUGGUCCAAACUGUGUAAUGUGGGUGGGAAUAUGGCCGAUAUUUCUAAGUACUGAUCCAGAAGUUUUAAAGGAUAUUUUCACGUCGAAAAAUUGCAUUGAUAAACCAAUUGUAUACAAAGGAAUUACUACAAUAACCGGUGAAGGUUUAAUAUCUCAAAAUGAUCCAGAUUGGAGUAGACAUCGUAAAGUACUGAAUAAGGCCUUUUCACCUUCAAUUUUGAAAUCAUUUUUUAAUCUUUUUCACAGAGAGAUUAAUAAUGUGAUAGAAGAUAUCGAGAAAAGUAAAGAAAAGGGAGAUGACGUUGAUUUGUUGGUAAUAUUUCGGGCAUUUACCAUGAGAAUUGCUUCCAAAACAACUCUGAAAAGAAAUUUGGAGCAGACGGAAUUUAACUCCUUCAUUAUGGCAAAACAUGCUCACGCAUUACUAGAGUUUGUAGCUGAUACUUGUAUUAGUCAAAUCAUGGCGAUUGAAUGGAUAUGCAAAUUGGCUGAGAAGUAUUUGUAUACAACUGCAAGAGAUGGUUUAGAGAUGUUUCGAAGACUUGUCAGAGAAUCAGUCGAUAUUAUCCGAAGAAAUGAUACUAAAGAUCCCAGUUAUUUACCCGAAAUAAAUAGCGUUUUAGAUUUUGCUUUUAUGGGAGUUCAACAGAAUAUUUUACGUAUGGAUGAAAUUAAUAGCCAAAUGACUCAUAUCUAUUUUGGUGCCUUUGAGUCUACAUCUACUACAUUAUUUUUGGUAAUCGCAUUGUUGGCCAUGCAUCCGCAUUAUCAGGAACGUGCUUAUGAGGAAGUAUCAAGUCUCUUGCCCUCUAAUGACAACGAAAUUACCUUAGAAUUGAUGGAGCAAGCGACUUAUAUAGAUAUGAUUUUCAAAGAGACAAUGCGACUAUUUCCCGCGAUACCAAUGGUGUUUCGCAAAGUUACCAAAGAGGAUCUGAUCCUCAGCAAUGGUGUGAAGUUACCGGUUGGUCUUAUGAUUUGUAUUGACCUCUAUACUUUGCAUCGUAGUAAACAUCUGUAUGGUCCCAAUGCCAACGCUUUUAAUCCUGAUAACUUUCUACCUGCAAAUGUCGCCGAAAGGCAUCCGUUUGCAUAUAUACCGUUUACCAAAGGACAACGUUCUUGUAUUGGUUCGAGAUAUGCUGAAACAUUUUUUAAAAUUUCACUUGCAAAACUUAUAAAAACGUAUAAAUUUACAACAGAUUUUAAGUAUGAAGAUAUAAUUUGUGAGAAUCAUAUGUCUUUAAAAAUAGUGGAAGAGCCUCGUGUUCAUCUAGAGAGACGGGUAUAACAAUAAUAUUUUGAAAGAAAAAUUAUUGUAAUUUUGGCCUAAAAAGUCAAUAAAA